AUGCAUCCGAAAGAUUUACUUCUUCCUCUUUUGGCCCUCUCAUGCCUCAUGACAUAUUCCACUGCAGCCAGGGAUCUCCCCGUCAAGCCAGGCUUCAACCUUACGGCGAGGGUUGAGGCUGCCCCUAUCACCAGCGGAGGUCUAGUUGAGUGCUUCAAUGCACUUUGGGAGUUGAAAUCGUGCACGAAUGAGAUUGCCAGCUACUUCCUCACUGGGCAGGCGAGUAUUGGCCCAGAAUGCUGCCUAGCCAUUGGCGUCAUCACGCGUAAUUGCUGGCCUGCCAACGUCAUGCUUGCUUCCCUUGGCUACACUGCUGAGGAAGGUGACAUUCUCAGAGGCUACUGUGAUGCUGAGCCUUCUUCUCUUGUCCCCGGAAUUGCUCCUUCGCCUGUCGCUGCAGCCUCGCCGGCUUCAAAUUAAGGGUCUUGUUUGGAAUAUCUUAAUGAAUUUGUACUGAUCCUUAUA